AUGGCAUCAUCAUCAGACACGGGAGUUUCAGACACUUUAGACCCUAUGGCGAUCCCCUUUGCGCUACCUGACGUCGGAGCUGAGCCUGCUGAUGGCCUUCCCGCCAGGGACUUACCACUUGCGGUGAUCCCUGCUCCUAUACCGCUUGCUGCUUAUCUAGUCGUAGAUAUGCCACUCGAUGUUGUUUUUGACGACGACAUCGAUCUGUUUGAGGAGGACCCACCUGAGGCUGACCAUGAGGGUGGGGCCCCUAUCGCUGCUGAUGUCAUCUUACCCAUUGCUGAUGCUCCUGCAGAGGAGGGAGUGCAGCAUCACUCUCACGACGCCGACCCUGACAUGGCGUCAUCAGCUGCACCUGCUCCCGCACAUGAUCUUGAGUUUGAUCACGCGGUUGACGAUGAUUUUGAUCCUGUCUUUCCCCCUGGUUUUGAUCCUGACCAGGAUAUCGAGUUUAUUCACUUAGACCAGCCCAUAGAGGAGCCUCCUGCUGUGGCCCCAGAGCCUUUAGCUGCUCCUGACCCUGCAUUAGAGCAUGACCCUGCUCAUGAUGAUGCACCAGCCAUUGCACCCUUUAUUGAUGAUAUACCCAUAGUUGAUCAUCCUGUUGUUGCUCCACCGCUGGUGGAUGAUCAUGUUGUUGACGCUCCUGUUGACGCUCCACUCUUGAUAGAGGAUCCUGUAGUUGCACCAUUUCCUGAUCCUGUGCCGGUGCUGUUCGACCAUGCACCUUUUGCUACCCAUAUAGAUCCACGUUACGCCGACACCCGUAACGGGUGGAUCGAUGACGAUGGCGAUUACCCACCAUUCGUGUUAUCUGUUACACCUCCAGCAGCCCCCGUUUUAGCACCCGUUUCUGUACCCGUUUCAGCACCCAUUUCAGCACCCACUGAUACCCCAUUGUUUCCCCCACACAUCACAGAUGCUCACCGCACAGAUCUUCCUUUUACGUUCCUUCAGGACAUACCGCCACCGCGUCCUGGAGAGGGGUCAUCUAGACAACCGCCUGUUCCUGUUCCACCCAUCUUGCCAAUCACAGAAGCCAUUGAUCUCAGUGUGGCUCUUACUGAGGAAGUUAUUCGAUUGAACAAGUUCUCGAAUUCUGAGCAGAAGAAGAAAGAGACUCAUGUGGAGUCGUCUGGAGAAAACAAAACGAAAUUUUCAAACUUCAAGCAAGGUACAAGCAAUGUGAACAAGAAAGGUAAAGCAUGCACACCGGCCAGAGCUGCAACUGGUGCUGAGAAUAAAGGAAAUGGUUAUAUGGGCACUCUGCCCAAGUGUAAUACAUGCCAGCGCCAUCAUUCUUGA